AUGACUGAUUUUGAUGAAUUUAUACUGCAAAGUAUCAAUCUUAUCAGAGAUCAGCAAAAUCCAGAACAGCAAAUGGAAGCAUCUUCCCAAGUAGAUCAAUUUUUAAACAAUGAAAACUCAAUUUUCGCUCUAAUGAACGUUAUAUCAAAUCAAUCUGAGUCAUAUUACAAAAUGUAUUGCCUUAACUAUAUGUGUAUAGCUCUAAAAAGGCAUACUUGGGUAGAAUGUUGUAAAAAUGAUGAAUUUAUUCCAAAAUUAAAAGAAAUUAUUUUUAAUAUCCUCGAAAACGAAACAGAUAACGAUAUUUUAAACUACUUAUGUAACUUAUUCGAACGAAUUGUAGCAGAAUUAUUGACGCACGUUCAAUGGCCAGAAAUUUUAGAAUUAUGUUUCAAUUUAUUACAAAAAGAAUCAAACAAAACACGAUUUGCUUUAUCAUUUGUCGCAUCUAUAUUCGGAAAUCUAUCAGUGGAUUCUCAAAUCGAACUAUUUCCUCAUAUUUCAGAAAUUAUCAAGCAAUACAUGUUCGCAAACACAGAAUUAAACAGAAUUGCUGCAGUACAUCUAUUCUCCGAGGUAGCCCGCUCACUAGAUAACCCAGAUGACUGGCAAAACAUCGAUGGAUUCGAUCAAAUACUCAAAACACUUGUCACAAGCUGUAUUGAACAGAACAGAUCGAUAAAGGAAUGUAAUGUCGUAUUCAAAGCAAUGGGAGCUGUUCUCAAUUUGCAUUAUUCGUAUUUAUCUCUACUUGCUCCCGAAUUUUUGAACUAUUCAAUGGAGGUUCUUGUGUCCGAUAAUAUCAAAUUACCAAUUCGCUUAUCGGUUUGCAAGUUGGCGAAGAAAGCUCUCUCAUAUUCUUUGGAUAUGACCGGAGGAGAGGGUUACGACAUACUAAGCAUGUUUAAUGUAAUAGUUUCAUUGGCUAUGACUGCUUCGCAGGUCGAAGAUGACAUUUAUGACUUCGGAAGCUGCGAAAAAAUUAUUUCAAUUUUAUCUGUUUACAUUGAACCUGAAUCUAUACUGUAUGUCAUUAAUGAUUACAUUGAGAAAGGCUAUGCGAACAUUAUCAGAGUCAUUGGUGCAUGUUUCCCCGCUUGCAAGGACUAUUUUUCGGCGAAUUUCCCAUUGGAAAUUUUACAAAACGGUUUUUGUAUUGAAAAUUCAAGGGAACUCGAGUCUGCAUCAUUGUUUUUGGAUGAUCUUAUAUCAUAUUGCUUCCCAACUGUUAUGACUUACUACGAACAAUUGGUUGAAAUCUUAGUAACUUCAAUUCAGAAUAAUCUCGACAACUUAGGCCUCAAAUUCGUGAUAAAUGUGUUAGAUAUAUUGAUAAUGAAAGAGAAUACGCCUAUAAAUGAUGCCGGAGAUGUAAUUAAACUGAUUUUGGAGUUUUUAUGUCAGCAAGACCAGUCAAGUAACAUCUGUGGUGACUUGAUAUCCCUUCUAUCGACCACAAUAAUGACAUUGCCGCCUGUAGAAGAGAAUGAUUUGCAGAUUGAUUUUGAUAUUUUAUUGGCCAAUCAAGAUUUACUGACUUACUUGCCUAGAUUGUUAUGUGCAAUAGCUAAGCAUGUUCCAAGUUUAUUGAAUUACGUUUUUGAACAGCUUAAAGCAUUAAUUGAAAAUUAUAACGAAAGUGAGUUGAACAAUGAAGUUAUACAGUAUAUGAUUAGACUUAUAUGGCUAUUUCCAGAUAUAUUUGCUGCAAAUUAUGAAGAAAUUCUUGCAAAAUUAUUAAAUGAAAUAUUUGCUCAAGAAAACAAAGAUGAUUCUUCACCAUUUGUCUCGAAAUCGAAAGGCAAUGCAUUAUUUGCUCUUGGUGUUUUAUAUCAUUACACAAAUAAUCCAAAUUCAGAAAUUUAUCAAAAUUUGGAACAAAAUUUAGUUGAACAGAUAUCAAAUCAUGAGGUAAACAUAGCAAUUGGAAGUGUUAGAAGCUAUAUCGAGAAUACAUACGCAUUUGAUUUCGAAAAAUUCGUUAGUCAAAUGAUUGAAUUAGAUUUCAACCCUAUUUUGACACCAUUAUGCUUGCAAGCCAUCAAACUUGGUCUUUUAUCAAAUCCGAAAGAGAAGAUUCUUAAUAUUUUGAAUCCUUUGAUGAAUUAUUUGAUUUCAAACGCGAUUGAAUCGACAGAGAUAGACCAAAGCUCUCCAAACGAUCAAUCAUCGAUCAUUGAGCAAAGGCAGAACCUCCUACAGCGAUUAUUCGAAUGUUUCAACACUAUAUCAGAUGUUAUGGGACAAAACUUAGAGAGUUUUGGGCCAAAUGUCAUUGAACUAUUAAUGAAUUUCAUUACUCGCGAAGAAACAAUCGUUAAAAGCUGCUCAGCUGUCAGUUUAAGUUAUUUUAUGAUGAAUGUUGGUUUUUAUACCCAAGAACAGUUCGAUGACUUCAUUUAUUUGAUUGCACAGAACUGUUUUGAGGAAAAUCCAGAACUUAAACGUUCAUCUUUUGACAGUUUGUCCAAAAUUAUUCAAAAACUUGGAUAUUCUGAAGAUUUUGACGAUUGUUUGAUUGUUGCUUAUGAUGUUUUGGAGAAGAAGAUGCCGUAUUUCAUGAAUGCAAGUUGUGUGUUGCUUCACGCUUUCUUGAAAGGUGCUACAAAUGUUAAUUUUGACCAAAUUUUGCAAAUCGUCAACGAAUUUCAAUUCGAAAAUGACGAAAUGUCAGCCAGAAUACUGGGAUUGAUUGCACAAACAGGAAAUGUCAGUAGCAACGCUGCCGUUCACGCUUUCCUGUUGGAUGAAGUUUAUUUUAGAAAUUAUAUUUCAGAAAAUGUCAAUACAUUUAGAUCAAACCUUCCUGAUGAUGAAGAAAUUGCAAGAAUUGUUUCAUAUCACCAUGGAAAACUUGCACGAAUCCUUCAGAGAAAAGGAAGUAAUUAG